UGGAGCAAGAGCUCCCCAGUCCCACGGAGGCACUGCAGUGUUUGGGAAGGUAAAAAUGUCUCCUGGAAAAGACUACGUUGUUCUGCACACUGGGCAGAAAUUGCCCCUUAUAGGACUGGGCACCUGGAAGAGUGAGUCUGGCCAGGUGAAGGAGGCAGUGAAGUAUGCGCUCAGCGUAGGUUAUCGCCACAUUGACUGUGCUGCAGCGUACAGCAAUGAAGCUGAGAUAGGUGACGCCUUCCAGGAGAGCGUCGGGCAUGAUAAGCUCGUUAAAAGGGAUGAGCUAUUUGUGACAUCAAAGCUAUGGAAUACAAAGCAUCACCCAGAGGACGUGGAGCCAGCUCUAAAGAAAUCGCUGAAAGAUUUGCAGCUGGAUUACCUGGACCUGUACCUCAUUCACUGGCCACAUGCCUUCGAGCGAGGGGAUAAUCUCUUCCCCAAGAACCCUGAUGGCAUGAUGCGUUUUGAUUAUGUUGACUACAAGGACACGUGGAAGGUAAUGGAGAAGCUGGUAGAGAAAGGCCUUGUGAAGGCUAUCGGGCUGUCCAAUUUCAACAGCCGUCAGAUCGAUGACAUCCUCAGCACAGCCACAAUCAAGCCCGCUGUGCUACAGGUGGAGUGUCAUCCCUACCUAGCCCAGAACGAGCUGAUAGCUCACUGUCAUAAAAAGGGGCUGGUCGUCACUGCAUACAGCCCUCUUGGCUCCCCUGAUCGAAUGUGGAAGCACCCUGACGAGCCUGUGCUUCUGGAAGAACCCGGGAUCAAGGCAUUGGCAGAAAAAUAUGGCAAAUCACCAGCUCAGAUCAUCCUCAGGUGGCAAGCCCAGCGUAAUGUGGUUACCAUUCCCAAGAGCGUCACCCCUGCCCGCAUUCUGCAGAAUCGCCAGGUGUUUGACUUCAGCCUCACCGACGAAGAGAUGAGCUCCAUCAGUAACCUGAAUAAAAACUGGCGUUAUAUUGUGCCGAUGAUUACGGUGGAUGGAAAACUUGUAGCACGAGAUGCUGGACACCCCCAUUACCCGUUCAAUGAUCCCUAUUAACUACAGUAAUGAGAUGUUAGAGCAGACUCCUUGCACUGCUCUACAAGCUAGCUGUUGUCAUAGUUUAUCAUGAAAUCUUUGCAAAUAAAAUCUUUUGAAUAUCUGGCUUGUGUUGGCCUGCAGGGUAGUGCACUGCGUAUAAUCUGCCCUCUUCCUGCAGGUAUUGCAGUGGCCUUGUCAGAGCAGCUGGAGGGGCAUAUCAUGACUCCUAGUUGAUUCCUGUAUUGUAAUGUGAAAUAUUCACAGGAUGGGGAGGGUAAAUCAGACUCUAAAGCUGAAAUUCAGGAUAAUACGCUUGUGUAAAGCAGUUGUCAAGGCUUUAGCUAUUAUGCUAGAAUUUGUAGGUGGGCAUGGAGCAAUAGUAAUAAAAAAAGUAACUAACUGCUUAAUCCUGAAUUUCAGUCAUUUCCUAAAUGAAAAGCAAAACUUCACAGGUGGCUGUUGCGUUCAUGUGUGAAAGCAUUGAUUAAAACCCACAUUUAAUUCUGUUCUUCCUUUUGGACUCUUUGUGGGAGAUGUAGAAAUAUACUUCUUUUUUCCAGUUGCUUUUGCCUGUCUGUUGCUACAGAAAAUAAAUGCACAGCUGGGAACAAUCUUCUGCUCAUUUCCUGCUCCUUGGUAGUUGGAGAGUUUCAAAUCUGGCCAAGCUCUGACAGCAUAGUCUGCUCAGUUGAGCACAGGACUUGAAAAUAAAGGGUUACUACAUACAAGUACAUACCAGCUCUGCUACUGCUUGUAUGGCCUUGGGGAUGUCAUUUAAUGUCCUGAUUAUCGCUUCCCCACUGCAGUGUAGAAUUAAUAUUGACUUGCCUUGGAAGCACAGCAGAUUUAAUAGCCUUUUUUUCCCUUUGCUCAGCAAACUUCAAGGGAUUCCUUAAGUUUUGAGGUCUCUUUUCAGAUAGUCCAUAGGCAAUUCUUGUGUUUUGUUGCAAUGAGAAGGAAACCACUCUAACUGGUAGUAGGUGAGAAGUAAUACUAUUUAUAUUUCCACAGCAGCUGGUAAGUACAACCGAAAGUAAAGAGAGAAUUCACAUACUCAACAAAUAACUUUAGAAAAAGGGUCAGAAAAUAAUGUUGGGGUUAAUUAUCAUGGCUUUGGUACAACUGAACCUGUUUUGCUUUAAGACAAGCAAAAGAUCAUCUUGUCUUACCUUCAGCAUAGCACAAGAUCUCAGUGUUCCCUGCACAGACCACCUUGGUUGGUGGCUGAGCUACAACUUUGAGAGAUGUUCAAAUGAAGAUUUUUUUUGUGCCUUCUAAAUGAUCUCCAUUGCUUAGUAAAUCUUCAUAAUACAGUUUACAUUUAAACUUGUGCUAAUGUAGCAACACGUCAUAACUGAACUGCUUUUGUUUAAGAAACGAGGUCUUUUCUUUAGGGGAAAAAAACUCUGUUCUGUUUUUUUUUCUUUGACAGCUGACACGUUUGUUCUAAUUAUUGUCCAGUGUUAAUCAAACCUGGGUAACUGAGGUCUGAAUAUUUGUCUUGCUGCUGAUCAGUAGUGUACUAAUCUCUGCUAUAGGUUGCUUUCCUUUACAGACACUAUGCAAGAGAGAUGGCACUCUGUAAGCUCUUGGAGCACUAGCUGCUCCUUUGAAGGAAGAUUUUGCCUGUUUAUUACAUUUUCUCUGCUAAUUGCAUGUGCUUUCAAUAAAGAAGGUGAUCAGCA